AUGAAUAAAAUCUCUACAUUUACAGGUUCAGACUGGUAUACAGUAAGAGUGGAUUUGACGGUGAUGGAUGUCAAUGAUAAUGCCCCAGAAUGGACGAUGGUCCCUUACCCCUACCUGAGUGUGGUGUCUGCUAAUGCCCCACCAAACACACUAGUCUACAAGCUUCAAGCCAAAGAUGGUGACGAGGGCAUCAAUGGAGAGGUAGAAUACUUCCUGUCGGAUGGAGGUGACGGGAGAUUUGAAGUGGACAGGAAGAAUGGUCACUUGCGGACGACAGGCCUCCCCCUGCAAAGAGACAGAGAAUACCUACUCACAGUGGUGGCUGCUGAUCGACAGGGCAGCCGCAGUCCUCCUGCUAUAGUAUCCAUCAUCGCAGGCCCAAGAGCUCCUCAGUUCACCAACGUGUCUUAUACAAUUUCCAUACCAGAAAACACACCAGAAGGGCAACCCUUCCUAGUCACUCCAGCAGUGUCCUUCCAAAAACAGCCAGUAACUUACAGCCUGCUCAUCAAUCCCAGCAGUCUUUUCAGCAUCCAGCCAGAGACGGGGGAGAUCAGUCUGACCCGUACUAUAGACUAUGAGAGUGACCAGCACCACUACCUGCUGCUGGUGCGGGCCAGUGAGAAUCAGGACAGUCUCAGUAGUGCUGCUGAGGUGCGAGUGAUCAUCACAGAUGAGAAUGACUGUGUUCCUGAGUUCCAGCAGUCCAUUUAUAGCAAAGACGGCGUCCCUGAGACAGUCACGACUGCAACAUCGCUUCUGCAGGUAUCAGCCAGCGAUUGUGAUUCGGAGCAGAAUGCAGAGAUCACCUACUACACACUUAGUCCAGAUUUCAUCAUUUCAGCCCAUGGUACAAUAUUUCCGGCAGUCCCUCUGGAUUAUGAGAGGCCUAACCACCUGUAUGAAUUCGUAGUGAUGGCGGUGGAUAAGGGCGAGGUGCCCCGCACCGGCACAGCCACCGUGCGUCUUCGUAUGGCCAAUGUCAACGAUGAGCCUCCAGAGUUCUCGCAGCCUGUGUAUCGGACCUUUGUCUCCGAGGAUGCAGGGCCCAACACCCUGGUUGCAACAGUCCUGGCCAAGGACCCAGAUGGAGAUGGGAUCACAUACAAAAUUACAGCAGGCAACCAGGAGGGCAACUUUGUCAUCGACAGCCAGAAAGGAUUGAUCCGUCUCCGCUCCAGCCCAUCUCCUAGACUUCAGGGACUAAAGUACAUCCUGAAUGUAACAGCUACAGAUGAUAAUGCCUCCGGUGGGCCGCAGUCUCUCUCCGCCAUUGUCCAGGUCAUUGUAGGAGUUGAUGAUGUCAACAACAACAAACCUGUGUUUGAAAAGUGUGCUGAGUAUAAAGACAAGGCAUCAGUUCUGGAAAAUAAACCAGAAGGAACAUUUGUGCUGCAGGUCCAUGCAGUUGAUGCUGAUGAAGGUGCCAAUGGAAAAGUCACAUAUGGUUUUAUGCAUAAAGACAGUACUGUCCCUGCCUUCAGCAUUGAUCCAGAAACAGGUGUUAUUAUAACUGCUGUGACAUUUGAUCGGGAGAGGCAGAGAGAGUAUGCAGUAACAGUGACGGCCACGGACCAAGCGGCGGACCCCCUCAUAGGCAUCUGCCAGCUCAACAUUUUUAUCCUCGACGAGAAUGACAACAGCCCCAAAUUUGAGAACCUGCGCUACGAAUACUUCUUACGUGAGGACACCAUGAUCGGGACCAGUUUUCUGCGAGUGGCUGCGCAUGAUGAUGAUUACAGCACUAACGCGGCCAUCACUUACUCCAUGUCCGAGGAGCAGCCGGAGUAUCUACGUGUGAAUCCACUCACUGGCUGGAUCUACGUGAACCAGGCAAUCUCGCAGAGGACCUACAUCAGCAGGCAGAUCAUUGCUACAGAUGGAGGCAAUCGGAGCAGUUCAGUCGAGCUGGCAGUCACCAUCACUAACGUGAAGAACCAGCCUCCACAGUGGGAGAAGGACAAAUAUGAGGUCGUCAUACCUGAAAACAUUGUCAGAGACACUCCAGUAGUGACUAUCAAGGCCACCUCUCCGCUGGGCGACCCGAGGGUUACUUAUAACUUGGAGGAUGGAUUGGUGCCAGAGAGCAACAUGCCUGUUCGUUUUUACCUAACCCCGAAUCGUGAAGAUGGCUCUGCCUCUAUACUUGUCGCAGAGCCCUUGGACUAUGAGACGACCCGCAACUUCAUGCUUAGGGUUCGAGCUCAGAACGUGGCUCCUGUUCCUCUGGCUGCCUUCACUACUGUCCAUAUAAACAUCACAGAUGUCAAUGACAACGUUCCAUUCUUCACCUCCUCCAUAUACGAGGCAUCUGUGACUGAAGGGGCGGAAAUUGGGACUCUACUUCUUCAAGUUUCAGCUAAUGAUCUUGACCUGGGACUGAAUGGGAAGAUCUCAUACUCCCUACUGAAUGACCGUAGUGGAGACUAUCAGUACUUCCGCAUUGAUCCAGAGCUGGGCACCAUCUACACAGAGGCUGUGUUUGAUCGAGAGACCAAGGGAUCUUACCUUUUGGAAGUGAAGUCAGUAGAUGGCUGGGAAUCAGGCAGGCCAGGGAAACAUGGACAGCCUAACUCAGAUACUGCGUAUGUGCGUAUUUUCAUCAGCGACGUGAAUGAUAACAAGCCAGUGUUUGCUCAGUCUGUGUAUGAAGUCGACGUGGAUGAGGAUGCUGACGUGGGCUCCACCAUCCUCACAGUCAGCGCUAAUGAUGAAGAUGAAGGUGCUAAUGCCAAGUUGCGCUACCAAAUUACAUCAGGCAAUGUAGGAGGUGUUUUUGACAUGGAGCCCGAGGUCGGAACCAUCUUCAUUGCCCAGCCACUGGACUAUGAACAGAACAAGCUCUAUAAGUUGCACGUCUUGGCCUCUGAUGGAAAGUGGGAAGAUUAUGCUACUGUAAUAGUCACCAUUGUGAAUAAGAACGAUGAGGCACCUGUGUUCUCUGUGAACGAGUACUACGGCAGCGUGACAGAGGAGAUGGACGGUUCUCCUGUCUUUGUGUUGAAGGUAACAGCAUCUGACCCAGAUAAGGAUGCUGACCAGGAAGCUUUGAGAUAUUCCCUUCAUGGUCAAGGUGCUGAGAGCGAAUUCAUCAUUGAUGAGGUGACUGGGAAGAUUUAUGCUCAGAGAACAUUAGACCGCGAGGCCCGGGCAGUGUGGCGUUUUGUGGUUCUGGCAACGGAUGAGGGUGGCGAGGGACUAACAGGUUUCACCGAUGUCAUUAUCAACGUGUGGGACAUAAACGACAACGCUCCUAUUUUUGCUUGUGCCCCAGACAGUUGCCAUGGUGAUGUACCUGAGAACUCCCCACCUGGCACUUCCGUCAUGGAAAUGACAGCCACUGAUCUAGAUGAUGCAGCUGUCGGACAAAAUGCAGUGCUGGCCUAUAGAAUUGUGGGUAAUGCUGCCCUAAAUGGAGCUAACAGCGGAGCAGAUGUGUUCAAUAUCAAUCCCGCCACUGGGACUGUUUCAGUGGCAAUGUCUGGUCUGGACAGGGAGCAGACUGACUCAUAUGUCUUGGUUGUGGAAGCACGAGAUGGUGGAGGUAUGAUAGGAACAGCCACCGCGACUAUACACGUGACGGAUGUCAAUGACCACGUCCCACGUUUCCUGGACCGCAUGUGCUCCAUACGCAUUCCUGAGAGCAGUGAGCCCAACACACCAAUCAUAGAGCUUGCUGCAGAGGAUGCGGAUGCUGGAGAAAAUGGUCAGCUGACCUUUAGUGUGGUGGCCGGUGAUCCCGAACAGAAGUUUUACAUGGUGAGUCAUCGACAGGAGCAACGCGCAACCCUUCGUCUCAAGAAGCAUCUGGACUACGAAAGACCAGGUGAGCAACACUUCAACCUCACCAUAAAAGUGGAAGAUAUGCAGUACUCCAGCCUGCUGCGCUGCACUCUAGAGGUUGAAGACUGCAAUGACCAUGUGCCAGUCUUCAUUCCUCACUUUAUACAGCUUCCAGCCUUACGAGAGGAUGUCGCUUCAGGAACUAGCGUGGCGAGUGUGGCUGCCAGUGAUUUGGACUCAGGGUUGAAUCGUGAAAUCACUUAUAGUAUUGCUUCAGAGUCUGAUCCGUACCAUCUGUUUUCUGUGGACCAGUCUGGGUUGGUCACUGUGGCUAGUGAGCUGGACAGAGAAAAGGUCGCACACCAUCAUUUGGUUAUACUUGCGACAGACCAUGGUACGCCACCAUUGACUGGCACCGCAACUAUCCAGAUGGCUCUGCUGGAUGUCAACGACAACGGCCCUGAGUUUGAGGCUGCAUAUGCACCAAUAGUGUGGGAGAAUGUUUUGGGCCCACAGGUUGUGCAGCUUAACCAGAGCUCCACAUUACUGAAAGCAAUGGACCGAGAUUCAGAGGAGAAUGGCUCACCUUUUUCCUUUUCUGUUCCUCUGGAGUAUCGUUACAGUAAUGAUUUCCACCUGCAGGAUAAUGGGAAUGACACUGCCACCAUCACCGCCCUGAGAGCCUUCGACAGAGAGAGACAGAAAGAGUUUCUACUGCCUGUCAUCAUGACUGAUAGUGGUAAUCCACCGAAGACCGUCACGAACACACUCACUAUCACCAUCGGCGACGAGAAUGACCACGCCCACAUAGCUGGACAGAAGAAAGUGUUCAUCAACUGUCACAGAGGGAGAAUGCCAACCAAUGUCCUGGGGAAGGUUUACUCACCAGAUCCAGAUGACUGGGAUAACAAGACAUAUGCCUUUGAGGGACGUGUUCCUAAUUAUUUUAUCCUGAACAAGCGGACAGGGUUCCUCAUCAUAAAGGAGAACGCUCCUCCUGGGAGUUAUGACUUUCAGGUUCGAGUGUCAGAUGGGGUUUGGCCGGAUGCCAUCUCUAGUGUGAAGGUGAAUGUGAGAGAGCUACGGGACGAUGCCAUCUACAACUCAGCCUCACUGAGAUUAGCAGACAUCUCCGCCAUAGAGUUCAUGGAAGGUCGUGGGAAUCUGAAGAGCAGGUACGAGCUGCUGGGCGACUUCCUGUCAGACAUGCUGUCUGUGGGGGCAGAUGAUGUCAAUGUUUUCAGUCUGGUGGAAGUGCGGCACAGGACUCUGGAUGUGAGGUUCUCCAUUCACAGCGCACCAUUCCUCAGAGCAGAAAGAAUCCAUGGAUACCUUGCAGCUCAUAAACAAAAACUCCAGUCUUUUCUUCAAGUCAACGUGACCCAGGUUCAUGUAGAUGAGUGUGUGGAUGCUGACUGUCGGGGAGGAGGGGGCUGCACCAGCCAUCUGAGCGUGACUGACAAGCCGGCGGUGGUCGACUCAGGCAGCAUGGCUCUGGUGUCGGUGACUGUGGAAGCCACAGCUGUCUGCAGUUGCUCAGCACGUGAACACCUCCACCAGAGCUGCUCUGUGUAUCCCAGAACCCCCUGCCACAAUGGAGGAGUCUGUGUGGACACGCAGAGCGGAUACAGAUGCCAGUGCCCGGCUCAGUUUGAGGGACCCGAGUGCCAGCAGACAAAACACAGUUUCCAUGGCAAUGGCUAUGCUUGGUUUCCCCCUUUAAGGCCAUGCUUCGAAAGCCACCUCUCGCUGGAGUUCAUCACAGAGGUGGCAGAUGGCUUGCUGCUCUACAGCGGACCCCUCUCCCAGCUUCAGCAGUGGGAGCCGGAGGACUUCAUGGCCAUAGAACUGAUCGACGGCACUCCCACCCUGAAAAUUAACCACGGCUCGGGUACAUUGGUCCUGCAGUUGCCGGGCAACGUGAAUGUAGCGGACAGACGUUGGCACAGACUGGACGUGAGGAGCAACAGCAAAGAGGUUCGAUUUACACUUGACCGCUGUGCAGGAGCCACUAUCAUGGAGAUGGAGGGAGUGGGCAGCUGGCUAACUACUGAAGACCACACUUCAUGUGAAGUUACUGGCAUCACACCAAACAUGGACAAGCAUCUGAACGUGACACAGGUGCUUCAGCUGGGAGGAGUGAAUGAGAACCUGCCAUAUAUCUACCCACAACUACAACACAAGCACUUUACGGGCUGUAUCCGAAACCUUAUCGUGGACAGCAAGGUGAGGAAAUGCAUGCAUCUCAAUACAGAGAGAGACAAAUCUUUGACAAGAUAAAGAAGCUUUAUUAUGCAAAGUCCUAGAACAGAG